CAGAGCAUGCAGCCAGCAGCCCCCUCUCACUGCCUGUGCUCUAUCACAGCUCACAUCUGCAGCCCUGCUUAAACAAGGAUAAUGGAACAUUAGUUUUGGAUCUCUCACAGGCUGUAGCAAGCAGAACUCUUUAAUAGCUGAGAGGGCAGAAAAAAAAGAGGAAAGUGGUUGUUCUGUUUUCAGAAGAACUAUAGCCCAUUGUCUCCUGCCCAGGUGACAAUGUUGCGCUUGGCUUGUCUUUGUUGCUGCCUCUCCACGAUUUGCAGCUGGACAAGCUUUCAACACCAGGUCCCAGCCUACAAGAGCUCGCCCUCGCAAGUUUUCCAGCUUGUAGCAGAAUGGGGGAAGCAGCCCCAGGAGCCCACAGAUAGCUCUGAGAACAGGGUGGAGAAGAUGGGACAGUAUUUCAAAAAGAAUAUCAGGAGACUGAGGGAGAAGAGCCAGAACCUGGAUCUUGUCUUCCUAGUGGAUGAGUCUACAAGCGUGGGCCACUCAAACUUCGUCAAUGAGCUGAGGUUCGUAAAGAAGCUUCUCUCUGACUUCCCUGUGGUCCCUUCUGCCACCAGAGUGGCCAUUGUCACCUACGCAUCUAAACACAGCGUGCAGACCAGGGUAGAUUACAUCUCAUCCAACCAGUCCCAUCAGCACAAGUGCUCCUUGCUCAAUAGAGAGAUACCUGCCAUCACCUAUAAAGGAGGAGGGACCUACACCAAGGGAGCUUUCCAGCAGGCAGCGCAAAUACUAAAGUAUUCUCGUGGAGAUUCGACUAAGGUGAUAUUCCUGAUCACUGAUGGAUUUUCAAAUGGUGGUGAUCCAAGACCUAUUGCAGCAAAGCUCAGAGACCUUGGAGUUGAGAUCUUUACCGUUGGCAUAUGGCAAGGCAAUAUAAGAGAACUAAAUGACAUGGCUUCACACCCAAAGGAAGAACAUUGCUACCUUUUACAAAGCUUUGCUGAAUUUGAGGCACUGGCUAGACGUGCUCUACAUGAAGAUCUUCCAUCGGGGAGUUACAUUCAGGAAGAUAUUUCUUAUUGCUCAUACCUGUGUGAGGCGGGAAAAGACUGUUGUGAUGUCAUGGCAAGCUGCAAGUGUGGCACUCAUACAGGCCAAUAUGAAUGUAUUUGUGAAAAGGGAUACUAUGGAAAAGGACUGCAAUAUGAAUGUACAGCUUGCCCAUCAGGAACUUACAAGCCUGAGGGUUCCCCAGGUGGAGUGAGUACUUGCAUUCCAUGUCCUGACCCAAACCACACAUCUUCACCAGGGAGUACAUCAGUAGAUGACUGCUUCUGCAAGGAGGGAUAUGAAGAAAAUAGUCAGACCUGCAAAGUUGUUCACUGUCCUGAACUCCUGCCCCCUGAGAAUGGGUAUUUUAUUCAGAAUGUCUGCAACAAUCACUUUGACGCUGCAUGCGGAAUCCGAUGCGAGAUAGGGUUUGAAUUAGUUGGAAGCAGCAUUCGGCUUUGUCAACCAAAUGGGCUGUGGUCAGGAUCACAAACAUCUUGCAGAGUACAAACAUGUCCAAAACUUCAUCCUAUUGAACAUGGCAGGAUAAACUGUUCUGCAAGCGACAUGUCUUAUGGAAGUGUAUGCUCUGUAUCUUGUACUGAAGGAUAUCAGUUGGAGGGAAGUUCUAAACUCUCCUGUCAAGGGAAUGCACAAUGGGAUUCUAAACCACCCAGCUGUAAAGAGAUCCGCUGUUCUACUUUUAGCAAACCAAAAGAUGUUCUGAUAUACCCAUCAAAUUGUGGAAAACAACCAGGCGUGUAUGGCUCAGCCUGCCAUUUGGGAUGUCACAAAGGCUUUGCUUUAUCUGGAGUUAGUGAUGUUGUGAAAUGUCUUUCCAAUGGAAAAUGGAGUGAAGAUGUUCCAAUGGCUGUAUGUAAAGAUAUUGAACCGCCUGAAAUUGUAUGUCCAGACAACAUUGUUGCUAAGAAUAUUGAGCACCAGAGUUCAGCACAUAUAGACUGGAAAGCUCCAGAAGCACGAGAUAAUUCUGGUGAAGAGGUAUCAAUUCAAAUAAGCCCAGGUUUCCUACCUCCUCAAAUGUUUCCUAUUGGAGAAGUGACUGUUACCUAUAUAGCCACAGAUACAUCUGGUAACAAAGCAAGCUGCACGUUUAACAUUAAGGUCACUGAUGUCGAUCCCCCUGUUAUUGACAGGUGUCGAUCCCCUCCAGCAAUACAAGCAACUGAUGAUUUGCAAAGUGCAACAUGGGAAGAACCCCAAUUCUCAGACAACUCAGGUUCCCCAUUAAUUAUUACAAAAACACAUUCACCUGGAGACCCUUUCCCGCAUGGAGAAACUAUUGUUCAAUACACCGCUAUGGAUCCAUCUGGAAACCGAAGAACUUGUGAGAUUCAUAUCAUCAUUAAAGGUUCCCCUUGUGAGAUUCCAUCUACUCCACAGAAUGGAGAAUUUAUCUGUUCCAAAGAUGCUGAUGGUGUUAACUGCUCCUUAGUAUGUCAGGAGGGAUAUGCCGUUGCAGAGGGAUCAGUCCAAAAUUUCUACUGUGCAUUAAGUGAUGGGCUGUGGAGGCCACCAUAUCCAAGUGAAUGGCCAGAAUGUUCUAUAAAGCGGUUUGCUAAUCAUGGAUUUAAAUCAUUUGAGAUGCUCUAUAAGGCAACGCGAUGCGAUGACAGCAAUAUCCUUAAGAACUUCGCAGAUGCUUUUCAAAGUUCCCUUGGUAAAAUGGUCCCAUCAUUUUGUAGUGACGUUGAUGACAUCGAUUGCAGACUUGAGGAUCAGUAUCAGAGGCAAUGCCUUGAAUAUAAUUAUGAUUAUGAAAAUGGAUUUGCCAUAGGACCCGGUGGAUGGGGAGCUGCUAAUAGGUUGGAUUAUGCCUAUGAUGAGUUUUUCGAGGUCACAGAAGAAAAAGAAAUGGAAAAGUCUGCUUCUUCUCAAACAGCACCAGUAAGGGUUAAGAGACACAGAAGAAGACUUAAUAUUCCUGUUGCAGAUCAGAAAGUUAAAUUUAUUUUUAAUAUAACAGCAAGUGUACCUUUACCAGACAGAAGAAAUGACACACUGGAGUCAGAAAACCAACAAAGACUCCUUAAAACCUUGGAGACAAUAACAAAUAGACUCAAGAGAACUCUUCGGAAGGAGCCUUUGAACAUGAUUGAAUUUUCAUCAGAGGUUAUCAUUGCUGAUAGUAACUCUCUGGAAGAUGGAAAAGCAUUUCUGUUCUGUAGACCAGGCUCUGUAUUGAAAGGACGUAUGUGUGUGAACUGCCCAAAGGGAACAUUUUAUUCAUUGGAGCACAACACCUGUGAAAGCUGUUGGAUUGGCUCCUAUCAGAAUGAGGAAGGACAAAUGGACUGCAAGAGCUGUCCUUCAGGCACUUUCACAGAGUAUCUCCACUCAAAAAAGCUUUCAGAAUGUAAAGCUCAAUGCAAGCCAGGAACAUAUUCAUCAAAUGGUCUUGAAACCUGUGAGUCAUGUCCCCGUGGCACUUAUCAACAAGUCUUUGGCUCUAAAUUCUGUACCAACUGUCCCAAAGGAAUGUCAACAGUUAAACAAGGAUCUGUGAACAUCUCAGAAUGUGGAGUGCCAUGCCAUGCUGGUGAAUUCUCCCGCACUGGAUUAGUGCCAUGUUAUCCAUGCCCUAGAGACUACUAUCAGCCUGAAUCUGGGAAAUCUUUCUGUCUGUCCUGUCCAUUUCAUGGAACCACCACCAUACAUGGAGCAAAGUCAAUAACAGACUGUUCAAGUUUUGGCUCCAGCUUCUCGGCAGCAGAGGAAAGUGUAAUGAUUCCCAUUCCUUCAGAAAAUGUCAACAGCAAAUACAAAGUCAGCAGUCAGAUAUUCAAUGAGUGCUUCCUGAACCCAUGUCAGAACAGUGGAACUUGCAAACAAGUCGGAAGUGGAUAUAUUUGCACAUGUCUGAAAGGCUACACAGGAGCAAAAUGUGAAAUAGACAUUGAUGAAUGCCAUAGCACACCAUGCAAGAACAAUGGGAUUUGCUAUGAUCAUGUUGGUUAUUACCAGUGCCAGUGUUUAUCUGGAUUCACAGGGCCUCGGUGUGAGGAGAAUGUAAAUGAAUGUAGCUCCAAUCCAUGUCUAAAUGAGGGAACCUGUGUCGAUGGCAUAAAUAUGUAUCACUGUCGAUGUGCAAAUGGAUUUCUUGGUGUACUAUGUGAAAUAGAGAUUGACGAGUGUUUGUCCAAGCCUUGUCUAAACAAUGGUGUUUGUGAAGAUCUGAAAGCAGAUUUCCAAUGUGCAUGUCCUCCUGGGUUUACUGGAAAAGUGUGUGAGAAGAAUAUUGAUGAAUGUCAUAGCGGGCCGUGCAAGAAUGGAGCCUCCUGCACUGAUGGUAUUAACAGCUUCAGGUGCCAAUGCGCAAAUGGAUUUACUGGAGAGUUCUGUCAAAUUAAUGUGGAUGAAUGUGAAUCCAGCCCAUGUUUUAACCAUUCUACCUGUAUAGAUCAAUUAAAUUCAUACAUAUGCAAAUGCCCACCUGGAUUUUCUGGAAGCAGGUGUGAAACAGAACAGUCCACUGGAUUUAACCUUGAUUUUGAUGUCUCUGGAAUAUAUGGAUAUGUCAUGCUUGAUAAUAUCUUACCUACUCUUAGUGCCAUUACCUGUACAUUCUGGAUGAGAUCUUCUGACACUACCAACUACGGAACUCCAAUAUCUUAUGCAAUAGAUAACAGCGACAAUACUUUUCUGCUCACUGAUUAUAAUGGGUGGGUACUUUAUGUCAAUGGGAAGGAGAGAAUAACAGAUUGUCCUCCUGUAAAUGACGGAAAGUGGCAUCACAUUGCUGUUUCGUGGACUAGUACAGAUGGGUCUUGGAAAGUGUAUAUUGAUGGCAAAUUGUCAGAUGGAGGAAGAGGUCUUUCAGCUGGAGCAAGCAUUCCUGGUGGUGGAGCAUUAGUUCUUGCACAAGAACAGGAUAAGAGAGGAGAAGGGUUUAAUCCAGCCGAAUCCUUUGUGGGAUCAAUCAGCCAACUUAAUAUUUGGGAUUACCCAUUGACUCCUGAACAGGUUAAAUCUUUGGCUAUAUCAUGUCCAAAUGAACUUCAAAAGGGUAAUGUGCUCGCUUGGGCUGAUUUUCUACCGUGGGUUGUUGGAAGAGUGAAAGUUGACGAAAAGAGCAAGUUCUGUUCAAAUUGCCCGGCCUUAGAGGGAUUUUCACCACAUUUGCACGCUUCACCCAGUGAUCUUAAGCCAGGUUCUUCAGUCAGCCUUUUCUGUGAUCCAGGCUAUCAGAUCGUUGGCAAAUCUGAACAUUUCUGCCUUAAUGCUGGAGAGUGGGAUCAACCUCUUCCACAUUGUGAAAGAAUCAGCUGUGGAAUACCACCACGUCUGGAAAAUGGAUUUUACCACGCUGAAGACCUGCAUGCUGGCAGUACAGUAACCUAUCGGUGCAAUACUGGUUACUAUCUCCUAGGGGAUUCAAGGAUGUUUUGUAUAGACAAUGGAAGUUGGGAUGGAAUGUCCCCAUUGUGCCUAGACGUUGAUGAAUGUAUGGUUCGGUCAGACUGUGAUGAGCAUGCAUCCUGUAAGAAUACCAAUGGCUCCUACAUAUGUACUUGCAUUCCACCAUAUACUGGUGAUGGAAAACAAUGUUCAGAACCUGUAAAAUGUAAAGAUCCUGGUGAGCUGGAAAAUGGCAACUAUUCUGGUAACCAAUUUGGUGUUGGAAGUGAAUUGCUUUUUUCAUGUGAUGAGGGCUUUGAUUUGAUUGGAAGAAUGAAGGUGACAUGUUUAGAAUCUGGUGACUGGGAUGAUGUAAUUCCGUACUGCCAAGCUGUGUCUUGUGGUACUUCUCCUGCUCCAGAAAAUGGCGACAUUGUGGGUUCCAAUUUUACAUAUGGCACAACAGUUACCUUCAGAUGUAACGAGGGAUACACUUUAAUAGGGAAUGAAGAAAGCAUGUGCCUCGCUAAUGGUUCUUGGAGUCACACACCACCAUCAUGUGAAUCUGUAACAUGCCCCACACCAAAUCAAAUAGACAAUGGGACUUUUAAACUGAGUGGCAUGACGUUCAAGUCUACUGCAACAUAUACAUGCAAAAAAGGAUACAGUUUGCAGGGUCCUUCAACUUUGGUCUGUGAUGCUUCAGGCAAGUGGAGUGGUAACACACCUUCAUGCCAGCUUGUAUCGUGUGGUUUUCCUCCUAGUGUGAGAGAUGCAGUUAUAACUGGAGAAAAUUUCACUUUUGCCAACACAGUAACAUACAAGUGCAAAGAAGGUUAUACAUUAGUUGGAGCUGAAACCUUAACCUGUUUGGCAACAGGAAAAUGGAGUGAGAGUAGCCCACACUGUAUGGCUGUUUCCUGUGAUGAACCACCAAAUGUUGAUCAUAGCUCCUCACAGAGGAGUCAUGGCCUGUUUGGAGACACUGCAUUUUAUUAUUGCUUUGAUGGGUAUAGUUUGGCUGGUAAUCAAAAAUUGAAAUGCAAUGCCCAAGGAAAAUGGGUACCACCAGAUGGUGAGGAUGUUCCACACUGUGUAGCUGAUUUUUGUGAGUCGCCAAAAGCUGUUGCUUAUAGCAUCUUGGAAUCACCUAACAAAGCUAAAUUUGUUUCUGGCAGCACAGCCAGCUUUAAAUGUAUGGAAGGUUUUGUACUUAACACAUCUUCUAAGAUAGAAUGUAUCCGGGGUGGGCAAUGGAUUCCUUCACCGUUAACCAUACAGUGCAUCCCAGUUCGCUGUGGAGAACCAGAAGGCAUCGAAAAUGGAUAUGUCAGUGGAACCAACUAUAGCUUUGAUGCUGUUGUAGCCUACAGCUGUAACAAAGGCUACUACAUAAAAGGGGAGAAAAAAAGGACAUGCCAGGCUUCUGGGGAAUGGAGUGGACGCUUACCCACAUGCCACCCAGUUACUUGUGGAGAUCCACCUCAACUUGAAAAUGGACUUGUAGAGAUCAAAACUGGACUUGUAUUUGGAAAUGAAGUGAUUUAUUCUUGCAAGCCUGGUUAUCAACUAAAAGGAAGUAAUUUAAGAGUAUGUCAGUCCAACCGCCAAUGGUACAGUGAAUCACCGCCAUCAUGUGUCCUUUUGAUCUGUGAGAAACCCCUUCCCAUAAAACAUGUUUUUUUCAAUGGGGAGAAUUUUGAUGUAGGUUCAAAAAUUGAAUUUGUUUGCGAUGCAGGCUAUGAACUCAUUGGUGAUACUAGCUGGACCUGUCAAAAGAAUGGCAAAUGGGAUACUAAUCGUAUGCCUACAUGUGUGCCAUCAAAAUGCCAAGAACCACCACUAUUAGAAAAUCAGCUUGUGCUGAAAGAAGAUGCUAAGGAAGUUGGUGUUGUGAGAUUUUCAUGUAGAGAGGGGUUUGUGUUGCAGGGCCCUCCUGUGUUAAGAUGUUUGAGAUCUAAUCAGUGGAACGAUUCCUUCCCUGAAUGUGUGCAUGUUCUCUGUCCAAAGCCCCCAGAUAUUGAUUUUGGAGAUCCAAAACCAGUCACAUCUCUUCAUUUUGGUAGUACAGUAAAAUAUUCUUGUAUGGAUGGAUUUAUGCUUAAAGGAGAAAGUCAGAUAACCUGCAAUGCAAAUGGAAUGUGGAGUCCAGAGCUUCCACACUGUAUUCCUGUUGAAUGUCCUCAACCAGAAGAAGUAGCAAAUGGAAUUCUAGAUGUUCAAGGCCUUACCUAUCUUAGCACAGUCCUGUACACAUGCAAGCCUGGAUUUAACCUGAAAGGAAAUGCAACUUUAAUUUGUGGAGCAGAUGGUUGUUGGCUAGGUGGGAAGCCAAUGUGCAAGGCCAUUGAAUGUCCAGCAGCUAAACAAAUACAGAAUGGUAGAUUUUCUUCCCAAAAUCUUCACUAUGGUGAGACUGUGACUUAUGUUUGUAAUAGAGGGUUUAAAUUACAGGGGAAAAGUACACUUACUUGCCGUGAAACUGGAGAAUGGGACGGUGAGGCACCAUUCUGCAAAGAGAUAACUUGUAAACCUCCUCAAGCGAUUGAAAAUGGUUUUGUGGAAGGGGCUGAUUAUCGCUUUGGUGCUAUGAUUAUGUAUAGCUGUAUGCCAGGAUUCCAAUUAAAUGGUUUUGCCAUGCAAACAUGUGAAGAGUCUGGAUGGUCUAGUUCAACACCAACAUGCCAGCAAACAGAUUGCGGGCUACCACCCCAUAUAGACUUUGGUCACUAUUUUAAAGUUGAUAAUGAAAAUGUGCUGCUUGAUGAUAAUUUUAAAAAGGAAAUAUUUGUUUCAAAUACAAUUUUACCCCCUACCGAACCAUCUAACAAUGGAAGAAUUGAAGACUCUUCUCCAAAAGAAAUAAAUCUCGAUCUAACAGAAUUUUCAUAUGGGACAUAUAUUUUAUAUACAUGUUUCAAUGGCUACGAAAUUAUAGGAGCACCAGUCAUAGCCUGCCAGGAGGAUGGGACAUGGAAUGGAAGUGCCCCAGUAUGUAUACCCAUAGAAUGCAGUAUACCUGUGGCACCAGUAAAUGGAAUAAUGCGUUAUACUGGCAAUACACUUGGUAACUCUGUUCAUUAUGAAUGCAAACUGGGUUAUGAACUAAUUGGCUCAGGUAAAAUCAUUUGUUUAUCUAACAGAAAGUGGAGUAAUGAAACCCCAACAUGUGCCCUUAUAUCAUGUAAAGAACCAUACCAUAUACUCCAUGGAUCUGUUGAGGCAUUGAAUUACAAUUUUAUGAGUGUACUCCAUUAUAAAUGUGAUGUAGGCUUUGAAAUGCUUGGUUCACCUAAACGAACUUGUCAGGCAGACAGGAAAUGGGAUGGCGAUGAACCUAUCUGUAUUCCAAUUUCAUGUGGACAGCAGCCUCCUCUAGAAAAUGGCAAAGUGAAAGGCAACGAAUAUACUUAUGGAAAACAAGUUGAGUAUCAUUGCAAUGAUGGUUACAGACUUCAUGGUGAUACAAACAGAAUGUGUCUUGAAAAUGGGAACUGGAGUGGAACAACACCAAUUUGCCUACUAAUUACAUGUGAUUCACCUAAUGGUAUAACUAAUGGGGAAAUCAUUGGAACAGAUUACAGUGUUGGAAAGGAAAUUUUAUACAAAUGUAACCAGGGUUAUAAAAUACAGGGGAUAGCAAAACAAAUUUGUUUGAGUGAUGGUACAUGGGAUGUACAAGCUCCAGUAUGUCAACCUCUUAAUUGUGGCCCUCCGGAAGAUAUUUCUCAUGGAUUUUUAACAAACUCCAGUUUUAAAUAUAAUGACUAUAUUGCAUAUGCCUGCUUUACUGGUUAUGAAAUACAAGGGAGUCCAACAAGACAGUGCUUAGCUAAUGGUUCGUGGAGUGGAAGCCCACCAUCAUGCUUAGCUUGUGAAUGCCCCAAACCAGUGAUUCAAAAUGGAGUGGUCCUUGGAAAGAAUUUUAGCUGUGGAUAUUCUAUCAGCAUCAAAUGUCAAGAAGGAUUUAAAUUGCUUGGACCAUCUGAAAUAAACUGUGAAUCUGCGGGAAAAUGGAGUCAUGGAUUUCCUCAUUGUGGAAAGAUAUCAUGUGGUCCUCCACCAGCUAUUGCAAAUGCCUUUAUUAAUGGAAGCAGUACAACAGAUGAGAAUGCUAUCAGAUAUAAUUGUGUAAUUGGUUAUGUUAUGCAGGGAAAAUCAGAGCUGGUAUGUACGGAUGAAGGUGUGUGGAGUAAACCAUAUCCUAGCUGUCAAUUAAUUUCCUGUGGGAGGCCACCUACUGUUUUACAUACUGUAGCAAAAGGUGAUACAUAUACUUAUGGAAGCAAAAUCAAAUACAGAUGUGAAGAUGGCUACAUGAUGGAUGAAAAUGUAUCCACCAAAACCUGCCUGGAAGAUGGAUUUUGGUCCUCAGAGAAGAUUAUCUGUGUUCCUAUAAAAUGUUCCAUUAAAACAAGUAUAAUUAAAACAGAACCAUCUGGAAUGGAUUAUGAUAUUAAUAAUACUAUAACCAUCACCUGCAAGGAAGGAUACACAUUAUCAGGACCAAACAUUUCAACUUGUAUGAUUGAUGGUAACUGGAUGCCUCCAUUAACUGAUGAUAUUUGUAAUCUAAACUCAUGUGGACAACCAGAUGUUCUAGAAUACGGAAUGUUAAUUGGCUCAAAGUACUUCUACAAAGAUACGAUUCUAUAUCAGUGCAAUGCUGGUUAUGUAUUACAUGGACCUAAUGAAAGAGUUUGCCAGUCCAACGGAUCAUGGAGUGGAUUGGAACCACAAUGCAAAAGGAUUUCAUGUGAUGUCCCAGAGCCUUUGAAAAAUGGAAUCAUUCACGGGGAGGGUCAUUUAUUUGGAGACGAGAUUCACUAUAGCUGUAAUCCUGGUUAUGACCUUAAUGGACCUAGUCGUCGAGUGUGUCAUUUAGACAAACAGUGGAAUCCUUCCCCUCCAAAAUGUCUGAAGAUGAGGUGCGAGGCUCCACAUAAGCUGGAAAAUGGAAAAGUUGACUAUGAGAACCUCAUGGUUGGGAGCACAGUGAAGUACCAGUGUAAUCAUGGAUACAGCAUGGAAGGCACACACCUUGCAGAGUGCACAGCAAAUGGAAAUUGGAGUUUUCCUCAACCUCUUUGCAAACCAAACCCGUGUCCUGUUCCAUUUGUAAUCCCAGAGAAUGCUAUUCUGACAGAAACAGAGUUCUAUGUUGGCCAGAUAUUGUCCAUCAAGUGUCGGAAAGGAUAUCAGCUGCAUGGCCAAGCUGUCAUAACAUGCAGUGCUGAUGAAACCUGGACAGAUACAAAAGCAAAAUGUGAAAGAAUAUCCUGUGGACCCCCAAAUCAAGUCCAUAAUGCAAUGGUUCGAGGUUUAUACCAUCAUUAUGGAGACAUGGUGACAUAUGCUUGCUACAGUGGGUAUAUGUUAGAGGGAUCCUUUAGGAGUAUUUGCUUGGAAAACAAGACAUGGACCACACCACCAUCCUGCAAAGCUGUAUGCAGAUUUCCUUGUCAGAAUGGAGGUGUUUGUGAAAGACCAAAUGCAUGUUCAUGUCCAGAUGGCUGGAUGGGUCGCCUAUGUGAAGAACCCAUCUGCAUCUUGCCUUGUUUAAACGGAGGUCGCUGUACAGCACCAUAUAAGUGUGAUUGUCAACCAGGUUGGACUGGGUCACGUUGUCAUCUUGCUGUGUGUCACUCUCCUUGCUUAAAUGGAGGUAGAUGUAUAAGACCAAACAGAUGCCAUUGUCCCCCAAGCUGGACUGGCCCAGAUUGUUCCAGAAAAAGAAAGAGCGGAUUUUCUCCUUUUUAGCACUAAAUGAAUUUCCCUCACAAUAGAGAAGCCAUUUCAUCCUGAAUUUCAUCUAGGGUGAAUCCUAAUUCAAGUCUGAGUGCUAUAAUGUGAUAUAUUUUAUGUUUUUCACAUUUUUAAAUAAAUCAUCUGUAUUUUCAUAUGCAAAUGUAUUUUAAUUAUAUGCUGCUGAAGGGUGAAUGUUAAUUGAAGAUGAUUACUGUAUAUAUUUUCUUCAGUGUGGUUGUGGUUCACUAAAAGACCAUGUAUGUUUAAUGUAUUUUACUGCCUAAUGACAUUGUACUGCAAAUCACAGAUAGGAAAUCUCUGGCACUUUAACUGCCAUGAAAUAAAACUCCCAUCAUGCUUCACAAGCUGCAAGUGUGAUUCUAAGAUGAUUAGAAUGUAUUAUGGUCUACAGGAGUGAAUUUCCAGGCUCUGCUUAAGACUGUGGAUGCACUUGCCUUGGCAGAUGACUAGUGUACAGAGAAAAUAUAUCUUGGCAACUGGUGGUACGAUGGUGAAAGAUGAAUCUGUUUGUCUAUGUUGAUGUGAUAGCUAUUUUUAUUUUACUGUUCAUUAGAACAUAGGAUCUGCUCAUAUAACUAUGUUUAUAUUUGUUUCAUGUUUUUUUUUUAAUAAAACUGAUUAUGUAAGAAAAA